UUGAACAUUACAGUACCGAUCGCGGAGUACUUUCGCCAAGUGGCGUGUAGUGGGGGAGGUAGGACUUGAACCCUGAGACCCCAUGGGCCAUAUAUACUACGGUUCCAUGCAGUUCUCUUGCUACUUAGUGUCAGCUUCUCGACGAUCCUUGUUGUUUCACAGGGGAGAUACAUCGAAGGAGGAAGGAUCGAUCUUGUAAAAGAUGAAUCUAUUCGUCGUUCUCGCCUUGAUAAAGUUGGCGUCAGGGGAUCCGGGGGGGCUUCUCAGAGUUCCCAAAGUGUACAACGCCGUGAUAACGAGCAAUCAAAAUUUAUCCCCGUCUAGAGCAUACCCGGUAAUUCAACCCGUGAUUCAUCGAACGGCGAUCGGUUACGUGCCACCUGUUUAUUACACCCAAGUGGCGCCUCAUUUAGCCGGGCCGGAAGUGGUGCAUCUUUCCCAACGGGUGUCGAAACAACCGAACGACGUUCAAACCGCUCCCUCGUCCAUCGAGCAGUCCAAGUCAACCGACAAAACGGAAUCGACAAAUCCGAACGACGAAGAAGAAACGGGCGAUAAAGGUGUCUCGAAGUCGGGAUCGAAGGGGAAGAGCGGGGACCAGGAGCCUCUCAGCUUUUAUCCCAAUUACCAAUCCUUGUAUUACGACCCUUAUUUCUACACGUACAGCGGAUUCAACCCUCACCUUGUUCCCGGCACGUACUACGUGGACUAUCAACCCUACGGCACCCUCGAACCUAUCCCUGCAACCACACCGAGAAACGGGCUCGCCGAACAUCUGCUCCCAGCCUAUCACGAGGAGAAGAAACUCCCUGGAAAGGAGGAGAAGGAAAAAAUACCGGAUGUACCGCCGCCACCCCUUCCAACAGCUGUGCCGAAAAGUUCUUGAAGCGGAACCGGUCCGACGAGGUUCGUUUUCGUGUCACGUUUUGAAGCCCACGAUCAGACUGAUUAUCAUCAUAGAGUUCUCGAGAUCGGCGAAGUGAAGUUAACGAGAGACAAUUAAUUUCAACGAUCAUUGUAUA